CUCCCUAUACUGCCCUCUUGGUCUCUAUCCUCCAUCUCGUCUCAUCUCUCACCACUCGAAGACCUCCCUCUACCAGCCACCUCUACCCUACCUCCACCCUCAUCGUCAAUAUCAAACCUCAACAUCACUAUCACCAUCCCCAACAGCCAUCCCAAACAAUCCAAACUAAACCAAACCAACCCAAGUCCAAAACAAACCCCUCGAACCCCUCCCCUCACAAAGAAAGAAACAAACCCACCCAAGGAACCAACAUGGUCUUCAAACGCGAAAUCGCAUCCACCAACCUGCCCGACAACAUCCCCCCGUACACGCCCAUGUCGUCGCUCGGCCACGAACUCGGCAUUUUGUUCGGGUUCCUGGUCGCUUGCUUUGUCGUGAUGGCGGUGUAUAUUGUUCUCUGGCGGGUAAUCGAGCGCCGCGAAGAACAGCGCGAAAAGAUCCGCCGGGAGGAACUAACGGCUAAAGGGAUCCAUCACGGGCGAGGCGGCGUGCACGAGAAGAUGAUGGAUCGGGAGCGCAUCGCGCCGUUCGAGAGGGCCGAGUUGCCGGGGUACUUUGGCGGCGUGGCCGUGGCGCCGGGUGUGAUGACGGGGGCCGGAGGGAGCAGUAGUCGGGGUCCUGCGAGUGCGAGCUUGAGGUGGGAGAGGGAGAUGGAGAUGGAGAAUUUGAGGAAGGGGUCUCGAUGAGAGGGGUUUGUUUUCUGUCUUGGUUUAUGGAGUUAAGGGGGCUUAGUUAUCUUCUUCUUAUGAUUAUGACUAUGAGCAUAUGCUAUGUGAAUGGCUGGAUGAAGGCAAAUGACAUUGUAUGAACGUU